GGUCUUUCUUCAUUGGACUUCCAGAAAGUAACUGGACAACAAGUUCCAAGAUGUGCUCACUUGCAGGGAUAGACAACAUCAACAACAUUGAUAUAUUCAAUGAAUCAUCGGUGAUAAAUAAAGUGGAGAAAGCUUGGACAGGAACAACUGUGAAAUACACAAAAUGGGCAGCGUUUAUAGGUUGCGGAAGGAGAUAUUCAUCCAUUGAUUCUGGGAGAAGCAUUAAAACAAUUGAAGAUUGUUUACGACAUUGUUCUGGUUAUUCAUCCUCUACAUACUUUGUCAUGAAGAGCUCUACGUGCAGUUGUUUGUCUGACAAACCUGAAACCUAUGAUGAUAUUAAUGACUGUCGGGCGACAUGUACGCACACUUCCAACACACCAUGUCAAUAUGGACAGUCAGCUUUAGUAUUUGCAUUUGUUGAAGAUUCCAAUAUACAGUUGUCAUCUAAGUAUAUUGAAAAUGAGUGCCUUUCAACAGAAAAAAACAAUCAAAUCUUAACUGUAAGAAACUGCAACGAAAAACAUUUAUAUGGAUGCAGAAACACAUCAUCAGUGUUAUCAAUGAAAUCGUGGUAUGAUUACCAGGAGGAAUGUUUGAAGGAAGGAGUAUUUGUACUAUAUGACAGAAACACUCUCGGAAGUCACGCUCAUUCAAAUGAAAUAUACUGGACUCCGAUUUUUAGGUCCCAUACCGUGUCGUCUGGAACUGCUGUAGAGAGAGAUUUUUGUAUUGCAUUGUCAAAUGCUGAGAACAGAUAUUUUACAAUAGAAAGCUGUUCAACUCUUUUGCCUUUUCUGUGUUCCAAAACAAAAAGGGAAAGUUCAAAGAAUGGCAGUGAAUCGGACAUAACGCACCAUCCUUUAAUAGCACUUCUUACAUCAGUUAUUAUAGCAGCUGCUUUGCUAAUCAUUUUAUUGAUAUUUCUGAUGAUAAUGAUCAGCUCCAAAACAUUAGGAAGAUUGAGAUUCUAUAAAGAAAAGUUACAAAAAGUAAAUGAAAGGUUACAAGGAACAGAGUUUUCAGAAUAUACUGGUUUAGAAGAAGUCAAUGUAGAAGGAAACGAAUCUGGUUAUAGAGAACUGUCUCCUAAUAUGCAACAGCUUUCAACAGAACGUCAUGCGCAUACACCAAGAGAUCAGCUCGAUCACCAAGGUUACUUGGUACCUGAACAACAUUACCAAACCAUCCAAGAAAACUUGCAUUACGCUGAGACUGGUAUAACAGAAAAUACAUCAAUGGUUCCAGUAAACUAGUUAUAUGAUGGUCAUCUGGAUGGUUUUGUGCGUUUUUGUAAGGAUACAUAGAAGCGAGAGAAAUAAAGACUGAAAACCCCAACUGUCGAAUAAAAAAGAAAGACACACACAUAUUCACUUACCUGUUAACCUACCUCAUAAUGUAUCAUCUGAGCUGUUAGUAUUUCUGCACCUGUUUUAGUAUUGGCUGCAUAUGAUUGUAUUCCUUUUUUGCAUUCUCUUAUAAUCUGGAUAACAUAGGUAUAUUAUUAACAUAGGUCUCAAACCAAUUUAGACAUGGUGAAUUUACAAUCUAUAAUUACACAUUUGUUUUUUAAAGUGACUCGUGACUACUCCAUUUAGGAGUCAGGCCUCACAAUACACAAUUAAUCUGUUUGCCUAUUACAUAUUAACAGCUGUAUUGAACAUUUAAGUUUAGUGAAGUUAUUCUUAUACAUGUACUUCUAAUUUGCUAGUAGGGGACAAGGUUGCAGUUUCUUGGGAUGGAGCCCUUUUCAGAGAUUUAUUUUGUGAAAUCAUGAAAAACACAAGAAUCCUCAGGUAUCAAGGUUGGAAGGUCUCGUUAUGUUUAAGUUUUAUAAAAUAAAAUAAGUUUUACUGAAUAUUCUCCCUGGAUAUUCAGUAUAAAUGUUACAGGGAUACUUGAUGGAAUGCUGUACAGUAAAUAUUUUGUUAAAACAGCAAGGAGUGCAAUAAAGAAUUUAUGAAUGUUAAAAAAAGAAAAAAAAGUUAUUGGGACAACUUCGGGGUGCUAAGAAGACUUAUAGCAAUUCAAAAUGCCCUAACCCAGCAUCAUUAAUUUCCACUGGUAUUUUUCCUCAUCCUUCAGUAUAGUUUGGAUAAAUUUUAACCUCUCUUAAAAUCUACAAGGAUCUUUCAGGAGAACUGUUCUACUAUGGAACAGUUUUAUGGUAGAUCCUGUGUGACCUCUAUUAAUACAGGACCUACCUAUUGUCUUUAUUGUUAACUUGUUCUCGUCCUGAAUAUGCAUGAAAUAUUUGCCACUGGACGUUAAGUAAACAAAAAUCAAUCAAUGUUAUGUGUUUCUUCGACUGAUGGUUUGAAAUUAUCCCCUUGGUAUCGUCUUCCUUUUCUUUAUCAAGUAGAAGUCAACCAGUUUGUUCAUAGUUCAAUGAUUUAAUUAAAAAUUGAAAGCUUCUUUUUUUGUUAUUUUAUUAGGGUGUAAAAGUGUUGACCGAAGCAC